AUGUCCACAGACGAAGAUCAUCUAUGGUGGACAAUUAUCAAUGUCCAAAAUAUUCACGAGGUGAAAUUCCUGGAUUGUAUAAAGACUACUCAAAUCGUUGUUGCUUUCAGGGAUGAAAUACUGAAACAGCUGAACGAGAAAGGAUACGCUGUCGUCCCGAAUGUCCUCACACACGAUGAGUGUGACAGAUAUAUGGCAGAGUUCAAAAGCUGGCAUAAAAAAUUUGACGAUUUAGGAGUGGAAUGUUCGAGUAGAAAUUCUGUCAUUCAAUCCUACAGAACAGGCCACUUCUCAACUUCCUGGGAGGUCCGUCUCAAGUCCAAACCAAUCUUUGCAAAAGUUUGGAAAACUGAUAAAUUGUUGUCAAGCGCAGAUGCGAUAGCUAUAUCGAAACCACCAGAACAAGGAAGUGAGGAAUACGCAGAUCCGGAUAAAGAAUGGUUACACUUAGACCAAGCUGUAUAUAGGCAGGGUCUCCACGCCUAUCAGGCUGGAGUGUAUCUAGAGGAAACAACAGACACUGAUCAUUGCUUACGAGUCAUGGCGCAUUCCCAUCUGUACCACGCAGACUUCUUCAAUACAUUUCCACCAGCUGCGACAAGGUCACGGCGAUGCGAGUUCCUAAAACUGAGCAAGGCGCAGAAGGCAUGGUAUGAUGCCAGAGGAUGUAAACGAACAAAGGUACCAGUUCCUAAAGGAGGAAUGGUAUUGUGGGAUUCGCGAACAGUUCACGACAAUAUGAAGCCAGUUUAUGGCAGACCAAAUAAAGAUAGAUGGCGCUUUGUUGUAUUCGUUUCCAUGACACCCGCGAUAUGGGCAUCCCCUGAGGCUAUUGAGAAGAAGAAUAUUGCAUAUGAUAAAAUGUUGACCACCGCCCAUUGGGCUUCAAUGGGUGUUCGGAAUUUCAAACCGUUCACUCCAAAAGGGGUAGAAAAAGAUCUUACUAUUCACGCACAACCCGACAUCGCACAAACACGAGAAGCGAAAUUAUUGUUCGGGAAAGCAGAAUAUGAUUUCGAGGAUGGAAAACCGAACGGACCUAAGGCACCAGUUCUGGGUAACAUGUCUCGGUAA